UUAUAAAAAUUUUUAAUAACAGAUAAAAUGUGUUCUCCUUGCGGACCGUGCAACCCCUGUGACCCUUGCUGUGGUCCAUUUGAGUGCUCUCCAAAAUGCUAUAAUGCCGCCCAAUUGGAAGCUUUGCCGCAAUGCGCACCUCGCAUCCCGCCGCCUUAUCCCAAGUGCAUCACGAUUCAGCAGCCACCUCGUCUUAUAUGCAGAAAGAGAGUGGUUUUUACGGAGAAAAUUGUACCGGAGCCCAUGGUUGUUAAUCGCUGUAGACAAAUCACGGUACCCAAAGUUGUGGAUACAACUCGGGUCAUCAAAGUUCCAAAACUGGUUUGGGUCUCACAAAUGGUUCGCGAGCCUCGCGUAAUUUACUAUCCAUCCAUGAUUCCGGAUCCCUAUGUCGUCUGCUAUCCGAAGCGAGUGUGCGAGCCCAGAGAAGUCUGUCAGUCUAUAUUGUGUCAACCCAAGCCGCAAAACAUCGACAUACCGCCCCCAAGGGAAUAUUGUUGUUAUCCAAAUGGACCUGUCAACUAUAAACCAUCUACUGCUUGUCCACCGUGUCCAAUUGGACCGUGUGCUCCAGGUGGACCGUGUUGUCCACUUCCUUGCUUUUCCACCAAUCAAUAUCCCGUAUGUGAGACUCGUUGCGGUCCCGGUGGACCUUGUGGACCCUGUGGCCCUUGUGGUCCUCGUGGACCCUGUGGACCUUGUGGGCCAGGACGCUGUGGACCAUGCGGACCUUGUGCUGUACCAAAUUGUGGACCGUGUGGCUUAACAAUGCCUUCUGGGCCAUUUGUACCUGCCCCCUGUGGUCCGUGCGGAACCGGUUGUGGGCCACUUGGAUCCACACCAAGUGGUCCUUGUGGACCGUGCAGUCCCCCUUGCCCAUACGAAUCGCCAGAGUGUGGACCAUGUUAUCCGUGUGCUCCUACUCCUUGGAAUACACAUUGUGGACCGGUUGGGCCGUGUGGCCCUCAAGCUCCUUGUGGUCCUUGUGGUCCGUGUUAACCAUCGAAGUAUCUUUAUUGAACACGUUAGUCUAAAAUUAUGUUUAUUUGUAAAGAAAUUGUAUAACGUUUGAUCGAAGCUAUGUAAAAUAUAAUCUGGAAUUACAUUUGG